UAGUGGAAAAGAAAGGCUAAGACUGGUCGUAUUUUACGCCUUUCUAGUCAUUUUGAUGUGAGCGAUAAACGUUUUGAAGAGUUUGAAGGGUUUGAAGAACACACGCGUGUCAAGAGCGACAUCUAUCGAUAUCAAGCAGAACUGCAGGACUUCAUCAGGAAAUUAUCUUGCGAAAAUGGCGGCGGAGGAAACCAACACGGAUAUCACGACCGAACCAAAUCCACGAUGCUUCUUUGAUGUGACCAUUGGCGAACAAAAAGUUGGCCGCAUCAUCUUUGAGCUGUUUAAGAACACGGUUCCCAAGACAUGUGAGAACUUCCGAGCCCUGUGCACGGGAGAGAAGGGAGAGGGGCCCACCACUGGGAAGCCACUUCACUACAAGGGAUGUCCUUUCCACAGGAUCAUCAAAGACUUCAUGAUCCAGGGCGGUGACUUCUCCAACAUGAAUGGUACUGGUGGGGAGAGCAUCUACGGGGAGAAGUUUGAGGAUGAAGGCUUCGAUAUGAAGCAUGAGGUCCCAGGGCUGCUGUCCAUGGCCAAUUCUGGCCCAAACACCAACGGCUCACAGUUCUUCAUCACGACAGUACCCACGCCACACCUGGACAACAAACACGUGGUGUUCGGGCGCGUGCUGAAGGGCAUGGGCGUGGUGAGGGAGCUGGAGAACGUUGACAAGGACGGCGAGACACCCGUACAGCCGUGUGUUAUUGCAGACUGCGGGGAACUGUUGCCAGGUGACGACGAGGGCCUCGCCAUGGACGACGGGACGGGCGAUGCCUACAUGGACUGGCCCGAGGACUCAGACGUCGACCUGAAAAAUGUGGACCAGGUAGUUGAGGCUGCUGAAAGCAUCAAGGUCAUUGGUAAUGACCUAUUUAAGAAAGGAGAGUAUGAGAGGGCAAUACGGAAAUACAGCAAGGCACUCAGGUAUCUGCAUAAGUGCAGUGAAGAGGCAGAGAUGGAGCCGGGAGGUGAGGAGGAGAAGAAGCUUGGUCCCAUCAUCAUUCCCUGUAUGCUGAACACAGCCGCCUGCAGGCUCAAACUCAAGCAGUACGAGAAGGCCAUCGGGGACUGUGACUCUGUUCUGGAGGUGGAGACUGACAAUGCCAAGGCUUACUACAGAAGAGCACAGGGGCACUCAGGCAUGGGGGAUGAGGACAAGGCUAUAGCUGAUUUACAGAAAGCACAACAAUUACAACCAAAUGACAAAGCUAUCCUUGCUGAGUUAAAGAAGAUAAAAGCUAAAGUGGACGCCUACAAGAAGAAGGAACAGCAGACCUAUGCCAAGAUGUUUGGCAUGUGACGCACGCCUGCAUCUUUAGCAGUAGCAAAAUAUAGCAAUAGAAUUUCACAAUGGGUAGAGAGUUAGCAGAAAUAUCUACACUACUAUAUGUAGAUAGUGUAACAAAAUUUCUAUCUUGCAUGUUAUCUAGACAAUUGAGCUCUCGAAAGAUAUGAAAAAUCUACACUUCUAAGUUAAGAUAGUGCAACAAAUUCCUAGCCUGGGUGCCAUCCGGAUUUUGGCUCCGCUACGCUCGAGAAUUUUUUUAGCGUAGCGGAGCCAAAAUCUGGAUGGUACCCAGGCUAACAAAAUCCAUCUUGCAUGUUGGAAAAUACAUUGCUGGCUUAUAUGUGUACUCGUCCCUUUACUAUACCUGUGCUGUGCUGUGUGGUCUGUUGUAUGGAAUUAGAGCAACUAAAAUAUUGCUGUUGUAACAAUCUUCUCAAUCUGUAGCAACUACAAGAGCUCAACAUGCACACUGGCUGUUGCAUAGUUGUAAAAUAGCAUGUUUGAAGAAAAAUAAAAAUUUCCUUCAUGA